AUGUACAAAGCGGUCGGUGGCCUUGGCCAUUUUGCCUUCCAAACUCAAGACAUCCCGAACCGCCUGGCCGUUUCCUCGCCCGGCUGCCAGCCACGGUGCCACGCAAAGGGUGGUGGCCCAGCUCCUAGAGAAGUUCGCCGAUACUGUAAUCUCUCACCGAGAUUCAAGCACGGUCUGCCCGGCUUCUUCCACCAUCCCAGCCUGCCAGGUCUUACCACGGGCGACGCCCGGGCCUACCUGAAGCCCGGGUGUUUGGUCCUGUCCUUGGGCCGGAUGACAGAACCUGUCGGGCAACCUGGACGGUUGGAGCCUGGAGAAAACUCGCGCUCGGCUGGCCAAAGCUCGCCAUUCAAUAUUGUCCUCUUCGAUACCUCGCCCAUCGUUGAUCUGGGCCAUCUUGGGGCACGCCGCAUCUCUGCACCACUACCCACCAUCACAGUCCUCGGAAAUGGCCCCGGUUACCCCCUCCCGAAAUCGUCCAUCGAAUCGCCCAUACAGAUACACCUGCACUGUGCCUCCACUCCCGCUUUCUGUCGAGUGCGGGGAUUUGACGGCCCUGAUUCUCCCGCGCUUGCUACCAUCCUAACGUGCCUAAAGCCUCAUUCUGCUGCCGUUUAA